AUGGGGCAGAGAAAAGAGGGCAGAGGGGAGGGCACAGGGGCGGGUGAGCUCAGAUACCCCAUCCUUCCUGACAGACCCUGGAGGCGGCCCACCAUGAGGCUCAGCAUUCUCUUGUUCCUGUGUGUUGUGGGUCUCAGUCAGGCAGACCAGGAGAAGAUCUAUGGUGGCACUGAGUGUGUGAAGAACUCCCAGCCAUGGCAGGUGGGGCUGUUCCAUGGCAAAAACCUGCGCUGUGGUGGUGUCCUUGUAGACCGCAAGUGGGUCCUUACGGCUGCUCACUGCAGUGGCAAGUACAUGGUGCGCCUUGGGGAACAUAGCCUCACCAAGCUGGACUGGACGGAACAGUUUAGACAUACCACCUUCUCCAUAACACACCCCAGCUACCAGGGUGCCUAUCAGAACCACGAGCAUGAUCUUCGACUCCUGCGGCUAAACAGACCCAUCCGCCUGACCCAUGCUGUCCGGCCCGUGGCCCUAUCCAGUUCCUGUGCACCUACAGGGGCCAAGUGUCAUAUCUCAGGAUGGGGUACUACUAACAAGCCAUGGGAUCCUUUCCCAGACCGGCUACAGUGCCUCAACCUCUCCAUUGUCUCCAAUGAGACGUGCAGGGCUGUGUUUCCUGGAAGAGUGACAGAGAAUAUGUUGUGUGCAGGUGGAGAAGCCGGAAAGGAUGCCUGUCAGGGUGACUCUGGAGGUCCCUUAGUGUGUGGAGGGGUUCUUCAAGGUCUCGUUUCCUGGGGGUCUGUUGGGCCUUGUGGUCAAAAAGGCAUUCCAGGGGUCUACACCAAGGUCUGCAAAUACAUGGACUGGAUCAGAAGAGUCAUCAGGAACAACUAAUUGGCUCCCUCAGUCUGCAUGCAGCGCUGCUUAGGGACCACUCUGCCCCUCGGGAGCACCAAUGUCUCCUCCCUCGACACUCCAAGCUCCCACCCUUGUGAGCUUAGAACCUCUUGAAACC